AACGCACCUUGGCUGGUUGCUAUAGAUACGAAUCGGAGCCCGGGAUAACUGCCGUCCAUUAAACAGAGCUACGACAUUUAGCUUUUGUUUACUUGUUAAAAUGGAGGAUCGCUAUGCUUUUCUAGCUGAAUGGUUUGACCCCAUCGCAGCUCUGAUGAGACGCUUCCAGCUGUUCUAUUACCCCAACGAUGGCUCCAUGGAAAUGUUCGAUGUGAAAAACCAGCGGGUAUUUUUAAAAAGGAUCAAGUAUGAUGACAUCCAUCCACGGGAUUUGUUUGUUGGGAACCGAGUGAAUGUUUUCUCCCGGCAGCUAAAUCUGAUAGAUUAUGGAGAUCAGUACACAAGAAACAAGCUGGGCAGCAAAAAAGAAAGAACUCUCGCUCUGAUAAAGCCAGAUGUUGUGACUAAGAUCGGGGAUGUGAUGGAAUUGGUUUACUCCUCCAACCUGAUCGUGACCAAAGCUAAGAUGACCAGACUUUCAUGGAGCCAGGCUGCAGACUUCUACAUGGAGCAUCAGUCCAAGUCUUUCUUUAAUAACCUGGUACAGUUUAUGUCCUCGGGCCCUGUGGUUGCUAUGGAGAUAAUGGGUGACGAGGCCACGUCUGUCUGGAGGAAGCUCCUGGGACCCGCGGAUUCUGCAGCAGCACGGAGGGAGGCCCCACAGAGCAUCCGCGCUCACUUUGGGACAGACGGCCUUCAAAAUGUCGGGCACGGCUCCGAGUCGCUCGAUGCAGCAGCAAGAGAGCUAGAAUUCUUUUUCCCUUCUGCAAUUGGCCACGGACCCUCCAACACAGCCACCUUUACAGACUGCACGUGCUGCAUAAUCAAACCUCAUGCUGUGUCCGACGGUCUCACAGGGAAGAUCCUCAACUCCAUAUCUGCAGCUGGAUUUGAAAUCUCUGCACUUCAGAUGUUCAACAUGGAGCGGGUGAACGCAGAGGAGUUCUAUGAGGUUUACAAAGGGGUUGUUUUAGAGUAUCCUGGUAUGGUGACGGAGCUGUGCUCUGGACCCUGCAUGGCUCUGGAGAUCCGAGGCACAGACACACCCAAGACCUUCAGGGAAUUCUGCGGCCCGGCUGAUCCAGAAAUCGCACGGCAUCUUCGGCCCAACACGCUGCGCGCCCUGUACGGCAAAGACAAAGUACGGAACGCUGUCCACUGCACAGACCUCCCUGAAGACGGGGUUUUGGAGGUGCAGUACUUCUUCAAGAUCUUGGACACAUGAAAUAUUUGUUUUAUUUGAUACC